AUGCUGCCAAGCGCUCUAGUCAGCGUCUAUCAGCAGUACAAGGCUGAUACCGACGCGAUCGCUGGAUGGCUUGCUCUGACAGCCAAAGCAGCCAACUAUUCCGACCACCCGUUGUCUCCUCCGACUACGUCUACGGGUCGAUUGAAGGGAAAAGCCAGGGCGUUGGCCAAAGAACAAGCCUUGAAGCCCAAGAAAGCAAUUCUGCCCAUCAAACUCUUCGUUCCCCUUGCCAAAUAUAUCACGUCUCUCAAAGCGCCUCGGAUCCUCGUCCCGCAAUCUGUCAUCAAUAUCACGGAAAGAGUCAUCCGCCAGAGAUCAGUUUUCAGUUCUCGACUCAGCCACCAAGGGGCUAAUCCUUCCGUUGAAGGCGACCGAUCGCACUCUUACUUUGUCGAUAUUCUGCAGCAGGUUGUUCGCCUUUUCCGCCAAAACGUUGCGCAGUCGCCCACGACCUCGGUUGAGAGCAUCCACAGUGACGAACUUGGAAACCGCUUUGCGUCUCUCCAUGUGGAAGAGCCCUCACAAGAGUUCCUCAAUGCCACCGGCGCCAAGCAGUCUACUGCAGAGAACAAUAUUGUCUAUGAAGCGGAGCCACAGACCGAUUUGGAUGACGCCAUUGCGGCGUAUGGAAUGUUACUACAGGACCUCAACAAGAUCCGUGACGAGAUCAAGCAGAUUUGGCUAAGCUGUGCCGAAGGCUCCGUCGAACUAACAGCUGCUGCAAUUGCGACCAAUACUGGCGUUGACCUUGCCAGAUACUUGAUUGAUCAAGUACUUCCGAUCUUUCAACUGCAUGGGGGCGUUGGUGAAGUGGCCGAGGCAUUCGCCCUGCAGUUCAUCCGGAAACAAGACUUGAAUGAUAGUGACUUGGACCCUGAGGAAAUUGAUGAAAUUGUUGAUGAGAUGAUGAUUGUUGUCAACGAUUUUGCGAGAAGGCACGCGAGCUGUCGAGAUUGCGCCCAUAGACAGAAUGAGCCCUGGAAGCCUACUCCGGAACCCAUCCAAGAACUGCUGGACAAGAUUGAGGACGAGGUUGCGUCGGAUAAUCAGCUCCUAGGAGAGCUCGUCAACAACUUGUACGCCGUAGGUUGGCUGGCCAAGGGGUACUUGAAGGUGGAUGAGAUUAUGAGCGGCCUGGAUCAGAUGCAGACGACAAAGACGGCUCCAUUCUAUGUGUGCUUUGCAUUGCAAGUGACACUCGACAUCCACCACACCCUCGGUGAUUGGUGCCUCGAGCCCGCAAAGCAUCUUGAUAAGGAACUCAACUUCAUGAUCGAAUCCAUCGACCAGUUCUACAAAGAUUCAGCCAAUAUGAGUGAGACGAUGUGCAAGACUUGUGAUUGCCUCAAGAAAUUUCAACAGGAGAUCAAAGAUUUUCAGAGUGACCCGACUAUUGAAAGUAGAAAGCAAUUCUACAAUUGUAUGAACUACGCUUCCGAACCUUCUGAAGAACGACAUAGGAGCAUGCAGCUAUCCCCAGUCCUCUGUGGGCUAACGAUUUUCUACUUCCGCGCCUCUAUGCACGAUUUCGGCUUCAUCGAGUUCGGACGCCACUACACCAUCAAGCACGCCGUUCAUCUGUACAACGCUCUCGUAAAGGAAGGGUUGAUGGAAAACCCCUGGGGUGACAUGCAGCUGGCCGAGAACUUCUUUGGGCGAUCGAACAUCUUUGCAGGGCAGAAGCCUGAGAGUACGAGAGGCUACAUCAAGCAGCUUAUGAUACACGAGGGAAUGACCGUCAGAGGACUGAGCGAGCUAUUCGGUACACUGGAUGGCCACUCUACUUCUUGCGAGGAGCCAAGAACACGUGGAUACCGAACCAAGAACAAGAAGAAGGCUCCGAACCGUGGUGCUCCUGUGUCUGCUAUUUUUAUCGAACGAUACUACAAUCGAUCGCAGAGGAUUGAUUACCGACCCGAGGAUGUCGACGAGAUCAUCUCGCGCCGCCGUCAUGACGAAGCACCGUCAUCCCCAAACAAAUGUGGCCGACACUCACCUCAUCUGCUUCUUCAACCACUCGCGGAAGCACUAACUGAAGAAAGCCUUGAGGUGGCUUUCCCCAGGCUGUUGAUGCACAAAGUCUGUGGUGAAUUUUUAAUGCAAGUCAAGAAUCAAUGUGUCGAAACUAUAGAGGAAGCGAUUCGCCAGAAGGUGAGAGGGCGAGAACUCGUCAUGGUUAUCUUUUCUUUACUCAUCAGUGACCACGUUUUGGGGAAAGAGUUGCUUUCUAGGGCUGCUAGGAUUGCCAAUGAUACCGUUGCUUCUGGGUCUGGCAAGAGACUUGUCGAUGUCAUGGAGACGGAAUUUGACUGGUCCAGGGAGCAAUUGGAGGAAGUUUGCUCCAAGUCAAAGUUAGCAGAGGAUUUCUGA